CUGCCCAGUGGUAGGUUGCUGCCUGUUGCCCGAAGCCCCUGCCCAGUGGUAGGUUGCUGUCUGUUGUGCCCGAGGCCCCUGCCCAGUGGUAGGUUGCCGUCUGUUGCCCGAGUCCCCUGCCCAGUGGUAGGUUUGCCGUCGAACUGUUGCCCGAGUCCCCCUGCCCAGGGGUAGGUUGCCGUCUGUUGCCCGAGUCCCCUGCCCAGUGGUAGGUUGCCGUCUGUUGCCCGAGUCCCCUGUCCAGUGCUCGGCUGAGGCCCCAAGUCGAGGGGGGAGAUUGCCUGCCUAUCGCUGAAGAUCCCCCCCCGUG